AUAAGCAUCCAAAGCAGAAACAAACAUACAUCACCACUACCACCACCACCAUCAUCAUCAUCAUCAUCAUUAUUUUAACAAUCAUCUUUGUAAAUAAUGAUGGGUUUCUCGAAAGAGUUGGGAAUUUGGUUAAAUCUAUAUGUGGUUGUUGGAUCUUUAAUGGUUCUUGAGGUAAUUGUGGUGGUAAAGGCACAACUUGUUCCAUCGAUGUUCAUAUUUGGUGAUUCGGUAGUUGAUGUGGGAAACAACAAUCAUAUCUACACAAUCGUUAAAGCUAACUUCCCUCCUUAUGGAAGAGAUUUCACAACCCAUACACCCACCGGACGCUUCUGCAAUGGAAAGCUAGCUACCGACUUCACCGCUGAGAAUCUUGGGUUCACAUCAUACCCACAAGCGUAUCUAAGCAAAAAGGCAAAAGGCAGAAACCUUUUGAUUGGAGCUAACUUUGCCUCUGCAGCUUCUGCCUAUUACGAUGGCACAGCCAAGCUCUACAGUGCAAUAUCAUUGCCGCAACAGCUGGAACAUUACAAAGACUACAUAAACCGAAUCCAAGAAAUCGCCACUUCCAACAAUGCAAACGCCACCUCCAUAAUAUCAGAUGGCAUUUAUGUCGUCAGCGCGGGGAGCAGUGACUUCAUACAGAACUACUAUAUCAACCCUCUCCUCUACAAAGUCCAGUCACCUGAUGAGUUCUCCGAUCUCCUUAUCCUCUCAUACUCCAACUUCAUUCAGAAUUUAUAUUCUUUAGGAGCAAGAAGGAUAGGAGUGACUACACUUCCACCAUUGGGAUGUUUACCAGCGGCCAUAACAGUGGCUGGUCCACACGAGGGUGGAUGCUCAGAGAGUCUUAACAACGACGCAAUCUCCUUCAACAGCAAACUCAAUGCGACGUCGCAGGAUCUUAAGAGAAACCUCGUUGGACUCAACUUAGUCGUCUUUGAUAUCUAUCAGCCUCUCUAUGAUCUCGCCACAAGGCCAUCCGAAUUUGGAUUUGCAGAGGCAAGAAGAGCAUGUUGUGGGACAGGAUUGCUAGAGACAUCGAUACUGUGUAACCCUAAAUCAGUAGGGACAUGUACUAAUGCAACUGAGUAUGUAUUUUGGGACGGGUUUCAUCCAACAGAAGCUGCUAACAAGAUUCUCUCAGACAAUCUCUUGCUCUCUGGCAUCUCUCUCAUCUCCUAAUUGAGUUUCUUCUUCAGAGCAUUGUUUGUUUUGACUAUGGCUUAAGAUUUGUUACUUCCACUAUGUGCUGUUGUUUUGUUUGAAUUUCAAGACAUAAUCGAGAUUUAUUUCUAGA